GCCAACUUACACAACCAACAGAACAGCUCCAUACACACACAGUUACGCGUAAAAAAAAAAUUGCCACGUUUUAUGAUUAAUCUCCACAGCUUGUCGCUAUUAAAACCCUCUUCGCAGUUAUUUCUCUUACAAACUUCAAUUCCCAUCAUGCCUAUCGGAGGAUCAUCACGACGACAACGAUGCUUGAACAUACAAAGCAGCAGGUAAACAAGUCUGGUCGAGCUGCUGUAGCCAUGCACAUUAACGCCAAUUUUAACGCGUUUUGCUUACUGCAAGAUGACGGGGGCUUCAUAAUCAAGAUGCAAAGUGCGUGUACGCGCUCACAAAUGGGACAUUUUGGGGCACAGCUGAGAGCUUUGCACACUUCAUAGUGUUUAAUGCGAUGGGACCCAUCCUGCAGGAACAAACUGCAUCUGCGACACUGAGGAAGCUGUCAGGGAAGGAGAAGGUUAGAAUGAAAAAUGCAGAAAACACUGGGAUUGUUGCCAGCAAUAACUAUAAGAGAGGAGGAAGUGUGAUCCAGAAUAAGAAGACUCUCAAGAAAACAGUGCCCUUGCUUCCAGGCCAAGACAAGGAUCUUCUACCCAAAGCCGAAAUUGUCCAAAAUGGCAUUAAACCAAAGAAAGCAAAGAGUCCGACUGGUGGCACUUGCAAGUUGCGUGGCACACAGGGUGAAUCAGACCUGAGGCCUCCACGUCCCAAACUCUCAUGUCCAGAACGUGGACAGGAGAAGCAGAAGAUUCAGCUGGAGCCUCAGUCCUGUAGAGAGAUGGUACAGAGACAUGUGACCUUGGAGACGAGCCGCCGCGCUCUCUCACUGCCCUUGGCACCUCAGCCGAUGCUGCAGCAGCUCACCCUCCAGAAGCGAGCCCCUGAUCUGGAAGCACUCCGUCUCCUGGAGCACAAGGAGGACGACACCGACAGCGCCAGUGACUUGUCUGACUCCGAGAGGCUUCCUGUCUUGCCUUCUCCCUGCACUCCUCCUCAGCUCAACCUCCGAGCCGAGGUGAUCGACACCAUGGACCUGCAUCCCCACAUCCCUGGACCCAGGACAGUGGACAACCGGGAUGUGGGCUACAGCUAUCCAGACUUCCUGCCACCUCCGUUCAAUACCUGGAGCCUGAGGCAGCUCGCCAUCUUCCUCAACACGGAGGGCAAGCGAGCUCCCCGGCCGAAACCUGUAGGGCAGCUUGAGAAGUAUUUAGAGCGUCUCCUUCAACUGGAGUGGCACCAGAUACAAACCAUUCAAGCUGAAAGCGGCCGCCAUGUUGUGCCCAUCAUCCGAACAAGAGGUCAAGCCUCUAGUGUCCUAGCAAACAGCAACCGGCAAAGGCCUCACACUGCUCCCCCGACACGCCUCAGCUCUCCGAAAAGCUUUCGGCAGGGUCAGCGUUCCUUCUUCUCUUCUUUGGGCAGCCCAUCAUCCAGCCAGGUUUCCCGUCUGGUUUGCCCUAACUGCCACAUCCGCUACCCACUCUGCAAUGGAACUUGCUGUUCCUCAUAUGCCUACCAGCGGCAUUCCCGCCUCAGCCCACUUUUAGAGCGCAAAGCCCCACCAGCUAACACCCAAAAGAGGAGCAGCAGUGAAAGCCGGGCCUCUACCUCCGAAAACCAGGCCACAAAGAAAAACCAGCAUCUGGUCAGUCCUCAAGCAGCAAAGGCUCACCAGAACCACAUGCAGGCUGCAGGAAACGUGCGCAGGGCAUCUCAAGAACUUAACCCCAAUGGCAAAUCCCAUUCUUCAGUAAGGAAAGGAAAGACUGGAAGGUCAAACGAGGCAGAGAGACUGAAAGAAUCACCCGGAGCCAAAUGCGGAGAGGUUGAUAAGCGGAUUCCUGCCGCUUUGAAAAGAGACGGUUGUGGGCCAGGCAAGAAAGCACUUAAGGAUGGUGCAAGAGCUGAGACCAGUGAAGCACAAGUAAGGUCUGGCAGUAAAAGAGCAGUGGCCGAUGGCUCCAAUGCAAAAGUGACUUCAGCUACCAAGAGUACUGGCAAAGUGAAAAAUGCUCAGUACGCCAAGUAGAGUAGUUUGUGUCUAUUUUCAGUUGCCUCAAAGACAUUUUCAUUUUGCAAACUAAACAAAGAGCUAAUUCAAACAUACUGAUGUCCCUGUAGUUAAGUGUAGUUUAUUUUUCAAAUAGAUAAAGGUACAAGAAGUUUCGGCAAAAUUUCAUCUGCAAAAAAGAUCUAUUUAUUUUGUCCGUAGUAGGCAUGGGAUGAUACCCAAUUCAAGGUAUACCUCGUUUUGGGAAAGUCAGGGUUUUAAAAUUUUCUGCUAUACUGUUCCUUUUUUAUUUCCUUUUUUUUUUUUUUAAGGACAACAGUAUCGUAUCUCCAGCAGAAAAGAUAUCCAAAAAUGCAUUUUGAAAUGGUAAAGAAAUCUGUGUUUUUGAAACUAAUGAAGACAGCAGAAGUCAAUGAUUCAUUUGAAUUAUUUAGUCUGACAUGUUUACUGUUCCAAAAUAUUUUAAAUGUUUCGCAACAUAAAAUAUAUUGUGUUCAAAGCAGAAUUAAAUUUUUUUUUAAUUUAAAAAGAAUAUAUUUUAGAGCUGUCAUCACAAUACCAUGAAACCAUGAUAUUUUAUCCAAGGUUCUCAUACCAUCAGAAUCUUGUAGCGGCCCAUGCCUAGUUCGUAGUGCAACAAAGUUGGAAGCAAAGCAGAGAAAUUUGACAGAAAAUAGUUUUUUUUGCCUAUGUAAAUUUGCCAAACAAACGUGACUGUACCUUAAGGCGGGCAUACACGGUGUGAAUUCUGAUGGUCAGAAGAUCGUAUGUUCACAUCCACAUCACGAGUCGGUUUGUGUGGAAAUCGUUCGGACGAAGUGUUGUGCAACACAAUUUUAUAAUCCUACGAAUUCCAUCGCAUGAUAUUCCGCACCAAAAACAUGAAUAGAGGAAAACACUGCUUUCAUUGAUUUUUCUCUCUCUCAUAUAACAGCUAUAUGCUUACUUCAAGCUGUCGCCAUUUUAAAACACGAAAGCAAGGCUGCGGUGAGAAGAAUCCCAGAAGUGUAGGAUCCGUACUGUAAACAUUACAACAACAUGCUGUGGACUAUAAACCUCCAGUUGUUGCUGUGAUUUCAAAGUGCAGAAAUGGUGUAAACAUCCUUUUAUUAUUAUUCAGUUCAGUUCAAUUUAAACAAUCAAAAGCAUAUUAGGCAUCAACCAAAAUCACAAUCUCUUUAAGAGUACACUUAAGUGUCCUCCCAGGCUUCAGUUCAUGGCACCAGGUAAACACUGUCAGGGACGAUUUCCUGCUUCAGCUUAUGUAAUCCUGUGAGUGAUAAAACAAUGCAGUCCUCUGUAGCACACCCUCGUGUUGUCUGUAAUAGUGUUGUCCCAGUACUGAAGUUUUAAAAACGGCCAUUUCCAGCUAACAUUUAAGUGCCACUGAUUUGCCAUAGUAUUCACCAAUGCUCAACAGAAAUGACUAAUUGGCCGUGAAGGUCAUCACUUCACAACACUCGUCUGUGUUUGCACUCGCUAAACAUUAGUGAAGUGCAGUGAACUAAUAACUUUCACGGCCAAUCAUGUUCAUUUCUGUUAAACACUGGUGAAUACUACGGCAAAUCAGCAGUGCUUAAAAAAAGUGCUCAACAUUGAUUAAAUGUUAGCAAGAAAAUGGAAGUUUUUUUAAAAAUAAAUUUCAGUACUGAAAUUCAGUAUCGUGACAAGUGUAGUAUAGUGAAAGAAUCAGUUCAUUAACUUGAGCUUGAUAAAUGGCAUUCAAAACGUGUGUUUGGGAAAGAAAACAUUAGCUAACUAGUGCCAUUUCCCUUUUCUUAGCUGAAAAUGAGGUCUGACAUCACUUUUUAUUUUCAUUAUCCAUUCAGAACGGACCUUUGGGUCACCCGGAGGGCGGUGAAAUUAUAAAAUUGUGUCAUUUUCUCUUUGCUGAUAAAAUAUACAGCCAGGUACACAACAUUCCUGUGUGUCUCAGGUGAUACUUCCGGGAUUCUUCCCACUGCAGCCUCGAUUUCGCUUUUGAAAUGGCGGUCGCAUAAAAUCAGUCACUUGAUACGAGCUGUGAAUUUUUUUAUUAAUGGCAUACCUGUUUACCUGGUCUCACCCCAUAUGUGUGAAUUAUAACCUUGUUCACUGUAAACUUUCAUCUCUGAAGACUCUGUAAGGCAUGACACAUCAUACAUUGAUCAACUUGAGAUAGAUCGACAGCUCAGUCACACCUAAAUUCAAACAGACAACUUUUUUGGCAGGUUUAAAAAUCGUCAGGAGCUUAUAAACCAAUUGGAUCUACUCGUAAGUUCCUCUCACGUGGUUCAAGCCACUAUUAUAUGAGCAUCAACGACUACUCCCGUUGGGAAAUAAUCAAAAAAGUACAAUACAAGCUAUUACAAUAGCAAAAGUCACGCCGUGUAUGUCCGCUUUUAAAGGGGCUAUAUGUAGAAUUCAUAAAUCAUUAGCGACACCAGUGAACUGCAACCAGAAACUUACUUCUUGUGCUUGAACUCGCACACACCGAUAUCAAUGCAUCUAUAUACAGUACAUGCUGCAGAGUUCUAUGCUUCUAAAUAAAGUAGGAAAUCAACAUCUACAUGCCAUCAACCCAGCUGAAAACCGUGUAUAAAUAAGUUAUAUAAAAACGUACCUGUUUUACUCUCAAUAACAAUAGAAAUAGUUAUUAGAAACGUGCAGUGUGGAAGUAGUUGCACAAUUUCUGCAGUUGACUGACAUCAUAUUAACAACUGAUUCACUAUAAUCCUAUCUAACAUUAUUUUCAUGUGUCUCAGAAAGGCUCUUCUUCAGGCUAUCAUCAACAACCCUGUGUAUUAAGUGAAAGGUCUUGUAUAAAAUAAAUACAUAUAGCCCCUUUAAUACGAUAUGCUGUUUAGAAGUCAUGCCUUGUUAUCGCCAUUGUUUCAGUUUAAAUAAUCAAUAAGACGUAUUUAUUUUAUCUGGCUAAGUACAUAAAAGCAGGUUAUCUUUACUUACUGUACGCACAAAUCUUCUAUACAAUGAACUUAAUGUACUUCAAUCCAGUGUGCAUGUACAUAUCUCUUACUAGCGGGAGGUAUGGCUGAGAAUGUCUGCGUGUGGCGUUUUCGUCUAGUAAGCACUAUUGGUCAAAGAAUGUAUAUUUUUGAGACGAAUAAUGAAUGUUUUGUAACGAGUGUGUAUUUUUGUAAAGUGCUAUUUACACUGCUUUUCUUUCGAUUGUUUAUCCAUUCGUUACGUUUAGGUUCAAAUACGAAUGUUUUGUGCAAAGCGUUGCUUAUCUUUGAAUGUUUUUGGAAGACAUUUCUGAGUUGAUUGUUUAACUGUGAUGUUGUUAAGAUUGCUUAUGGUGGUUUAUGUGGUGCGGCGUUGUUUUGAUGAAGAUGGACCCGAGUUAUAAGCUAUGUUUGUUUACUUAUUGAGAACUUUUCAGGUGAUUUUUCAGGUUUUCAUGUAUUUAAACCAAGCAUGUUUUGUUUAUUUUUACUGGAACAAAGAUGGUAGUGGUUUUAACGUUUUGUUUUAUGCAUUGUCACUUGAAUAUGACUUGAAAGCUGGUACAGGUUGCGGCCAUACAGUAUGGGGUACAUUAUUAUUUCCAUACUUGAUGUACUGUAGGUAGCGCCAUUUCAAUCGGAUGUUAUGUAAUGUGUGACAUUCACUUAUCAGGCAAAAAACACGCAAAAAAAUCGACAUUUGGUCCUAUCAUCGUCUGAUUGUGCUUUUAUUUUGCUGAGAGUUUUGAACGCAGCUAUUUUUAUGAGAUCUAAACUAAUAAACAGUUUUCAUUACAUCAUCAGA